AAAACACUUCUUCAGCUUAGUCGCAUUCUAUCUCCAUGGGAAAUUGUGUGACUUUUCAAUUUUCUUGUGAUCAAUCGGUAAACCAUAUCAUUCGAUGCUUAUGUGGUAAAGGUUUUAUUCGAAACCUCGAGGAGAAUCUCAAGGAUCUGCAGAGAGAAAGGGAUGAUCUCAAAGCAAUUCAACAACAGGUGAAGAACGGGGUUGCACGAGAGGAGACACAACAUCGACAAAGACUUGAAUCUGUCAAGUUAUGGCUUACACGUGUCGAGAGCAUCGAUACAAAGAUCAAUAAUGUGGUUAGUACUAGUACCACUCAACGUCAAAAGCUGUGCUUCUGUAGUUUAUGCUCAAAAAAUGUGUGUUUGACCUACAAAUUUGGGAAACGUGUAUUCUUGUUGUUGGAAAAUGUUAGAAAACUCAAAUCAGAGGCUACUUUUGAGGAGGUUACUGAGUUGAUUCCAAAACCUCAAGUCGAGGAGAGGCCUACACGGCGUACGGUUGGUCAGGAGGAAAUGCUCGACGAGGCAUGGAAACGACUUAUGGAUGAUAACGUCGGAAUCAUGGGUUUGCACGGUAUGGGUGGCGUAGGGAAGACUACUCUUUUUCAGAGAAUCCACAAUAAGUUCGCUGAAAUAGCUGGAAAGUUUGACAUGGUGAUAUGGGUAGUAGUGUCUCAAGGCGCAAAUAUUUCAAAGCUCCAACAAGAUAUUGCAAAGAAGCUACACCUUUGUGACUACGAAUGGACAAACAAAACUGAAGAUGAUAAAGCCGCAGAGAUACACAGAGUCUUAAAAAGGAAGAGAUUUGUGCUGAUGCUAGAUAAUAUAUGGGAAAAAGUAGAUUUAGAAGCCAUAGGAGUUCCCGAACCGACCAGAGUAAAUGGAUGCAAAGUAGCAUUCACCACCCGCUCUAAGGAAAUAGGUGAUGAAAAGUUAAGAAGAGAGCCCCGCAUUGACCGCCUUGCUAAGAAGGUUGCUGAUAAAUGUCAUGGUUUGCCACUAGCGCUUAGUGUCAUUGGCGAGACAAUGGCAUCUAAAACUACGGUACAAGAAUGGGAGGAUGCAAUCUAUGUUUUGACUAGAUCCGCUUCUGAGUUUUCUGACAUGGAAGAUGAAAUUCUUCCAAUUCUGAAGUACAGCUAUGAUAAAUUGGUGAAUGAACAGAUCAAGGCAUGUUUCCUCUAUUGUGCUCUGUUUCCAGAAGAUGGUCGAAUAAACAAAGAAAGGUUAAUAGAGUACUGGAUAUGCGAAGGAUUCACCGGCGAGUACCAAGAUUUAAAAAGAGCAAUUAAUAAGGGUUAUGGGGUACUUGGUACCCUUAUCCAUGCAAAUUUACUGACAGAAGUUAAUACAACAACUGUUGUAAUGCAUGAUGUGGUCCGUGAAAUGGCUAUAUGGAUUGCAUCUGAUUUGGGGAAAAAAAGAGAGAAUUUUGUUGUGCAAGCAAGACUCGGAUUACAUAAAGUGCCAGAAGUCAAUGAUUGGGAAGCUGUGAGAAGGAUGUCAUUAAUGGGUAAUAAGAUUGAAGAGAUUACUUGCGGUUCCAAGUGUUCAGAACUUACAACUCUGCUCCUCCAGAAUAAUAGUUUGAAAAGUCUCUCAGGUGAGUUUAUCCAAUAUAAGCAGAAGCUAGUUGUUUUGGAUCUGUCAGAUAAUUACCAAAUAAGUGGACUUCCAGAGCAGAUAUCAGAGCUGACCUCCUUGCAGUAUCUUGACCUGUCUGAUACAAAUAUAAAGCAACUACCUGUUGGUUUCCAAGAAUUGAAAAGGCUAACUCACCUAAAUUUGACUCGUACAUGGAUGCUUUGUAGUAUACAUGGGAUAUCAAAGUUGUCAAGUUUAAAAAGUUUGAAACUUCUUAAUUCUAAUGUUCAAGGAGAUGAUAAUUUAUUGAAGGAGCUGCAGCUCUUAGAGCAUCUACAACUUCUAACCAUAGACGUAUCUACAGAGCUGGGGUUGGAGAGAAUAUUAAAAGAUCAAAGGUUGGUGAACUGCAUCUAUGAUCUGGAUAUUCAUGGCUUUCAACAAAAGUCAUGUAUUCUAUCGUUGCUUGUGAACAUGGAGAAUCUUCGAGAGGUCAGGGUAACAAGUAUUCAUGUCUCCAAUACGAACUGCGGAGGUAGUGAGAGAGACUCGUCUGAUUUACACAGUCUGGAUUUACACCAUUCGACAAUUCCAUGCUUCACCAACCUCUCUGUCGUGUAUAUACGUAACUCCACUAGAGUUAAGGAUUUGACUAUGUUAUUGUUUGCUGCAAAUCUUUCCGUCCUGCGAAUCGAAAAAUCAGAAGUGGAAGAAAUUAUAAACAAAGAGAAAGCAGCAAAGGUUAUUGGUAUUUCACCUUUUUGGAAACUAGAAGAGUUAUCGUUGAGAAGGUUGCCUAAGAUGGUGAGUAUCUACUGGAGACCUCUUCCCUUUCCAUUUUUGAGACGCUUAGAGAAAAUAGACUGUCCAAAGCUGAGAAAGCUUCCCUUAAAUGCCACAAGUGUAUCACGAGUUGAUGAGCUUUCAAUAGUAAUCCGUUCUCGAGAACAGGAAACUGAGCUUGAAUGGGAGGACGAAGAUACCAAAAAUCGUUUCUUGACAUCAAUUAGGGAGCGCUAAACAUCCAUUACUCUGGAUUGGGAUUCCUCACUGUCUGAUUGACAAUACACCCAUCUUCUUCUGAUGUUUUGGCUUUCAAUCUCUUGCUAUUUUGUCAUGUGGAGUGUGUUGUAUCAUUAUUGUGUCAUUACUUUUCCUUUACAAACUUAUUACCUUUGUGGAGUGUGUUGUGUUGUUGACUUGGAUAGUUGGAUUAUGUUUUUCAUUUUCAUAUUGUGUUCUGUAAGACUACUGUGUGAUGGCUCCAUUUUUUUCUGAGCAUUUUGAUUUUU